UAAUAAGCUCUCAUAUAUUCCAGCAGCGUGGGUCUAUGCAAGUAGUCGCAGGGAUGACGAGGAGCGUGUUUUUUCCACGCAACUCUGUCAGAUUAGAAAAUCUGACGUUCGUAGCCCUACUUGCGCGCGGACAGAGGCAAAGUGGGUGUACACACUAGUUGUGCUGUGUGUCGCUCCACAGCGCUUCAGCUUCAGAUGAGCUCACCCAGCCGAUGCGCACAUCGGAGCAGCCUACCAAUGUGAGAAGGCGCAAGGACAGCGAGCAGCAGCCUGAAGUGUGGAUGCUUUUUUUUUUUUCGCGCAAAGACGCGUAAAGGAUUGUGCGUAAAAUUGGAGAGAUUGUGGAUUUGUUGCUUGUCUGGAUGGCUUGGAAUCCACUCUUUUAUUUUUACAGCCGGAACUGGACUUGGGGCUGAGCCGCUGAUGAGAAGAAGCCCACUUUAAACACUGUUCAUUUUCUUUCUCUCUCUCUUUUCCCUCUUCUUUACACCUCUCCCUCUCUCUCUCCCUCUCUCUCUCUCUCUCUUCAUAAAAUGCCUGGAUUUCGCUCAUCAUACACUGUCCAAUUCAAGCCAGGCUGCUCAUUUGGAAGGACGCCAGACCUCCAGCCUCUCAAAUCUGCAAGUUCAGUCCAAUAAAUUGUGACAUUGUCUGUCAAGCCUUGGAAUAAGAAAUCGAUACUACAGAAAAGAGACGCGAUAUUCUUCCGGAAUUUUAACGAUCUGUCUCCCCCCCACACUCUCGAUAUCCUUAUAAAUAUGCGAUUUGCUCGGAUUAGGAUGGUUUGGUCCAGCUUCACGCUUUUUAGCUGGAGCAGAGCUGAUAGUGACUGAUUAUUGCUGUUGAUUUUGUCCAUGCAAGACUCGGGGUGGAAACAUGUCUGGCCACUUCUUUGAGAGGAUCACUGCUAUCAGAGAUGGCAUUCUGGUCCAGCACUUCGGUUUUUACCUCUAAAGUGCCCCGGAAAAUCUUAUUCAUGUUCACCCUCUCCCUCUCUGUCACCUACUUGUUCUAUAGCUUGAUGAGCUGCUACAACUCGCUGCAGUUCCCUCUGCAAGAGAACUAUGUGUAUCAGGGGAGGCUGGUGACGGAGGAGACAACUUUUGUGACAUUGAGGGAGAAACUUUAUUCCGCUUCCCAGGGCUUCACCGAAUUCACCGAGGCCGAGAGGACGACCUCGGUUUCCAUCCUGCAGGAGCAUGCUGAGGCCGAACAAAGGACAGUGGAGUGGAUUAGGACUCAGGCGUCUCCGACUAAAUCGGCGGCGGCGGCGUAUCGCACCACCGCGCUGGAGAGGGAGCACCAGGAAUUCAGCACCACGGACAGCGAACUCAGGGUGAACUGCACGUCGGAUUACGGAGAGAAGAAACUUCCCCAAGCCAUCAUCAUCGGGGUGAAGAAAGGGGGAACCAGAGCCCUGCUGGAGGCUCUCAGGGUGCAUCCCGACGUGAGGGCUGUUGGAAAUGAGCCACAUUUCUUUGAUAGGAACUACGAGAAGGGGCUGGAUUGGUACAGAGACCUGAUGCCUUCGACGCUGGAGGGGCAGAUCACCAUGGAGAAGACACCCAGCUACUUUGUGACUAACCAUGCCCCGAAGCGCAUCCACUCCAUGGCUAGGGACAUCAAGCUUAUUAUUGUGGUGCGUAAUCCUGUCACUAGAGCCAUUUCAGACUAUACGCAGACUUUGUCCAAGAAACCCGAGAUCCCCACCUUUGAGGUUCUGGCUUUUAAGAACCGGACGCUGGGUCUCAUAGAUGCCUCAUGGAGUGCGUUGCGUAUAGGAAUAUAUGCGCUUCACCUGGAGAGCUGGAUGCAGUAUUUCCCCCUCUCCCAAAUGCACUUUGUCAGCGGGGAGAGGCUCAUCGUGGACCCGGCGGGCGAGAUGGCCAAAGUGCAGGACUUCCUGGGACUGAAGCGGAUUGUCACAGACAAACACUUUUACUUUAAUAAAACUAAAGGAUUCCCGUGUCUGAAGAAGCCGGAGGACAGCAGCACUCCCAGAUGCCUGGGCAAGUCCAAAGGGAGAACUCACCCUAAAAUUGACCCGGACGUGAUUCGGCGGCUGCACAAGUUCUACAAACCCUUUAACAUGAUGUUCUACCAAAUGACUGGCCAGAACUUUGAAUGGGAGCUAGAGGAGGACAGUGAAACUCGUAGCUCUCAGGACUAGCAUGGCACGGCUCAGCCACACCACCAGCCUUCUCACGGAAACUACUAUUGUCUCGCUUCAUCUUCUUCAGAGAGAGUGCUUGAGCACGCCAAUCAAUCAUGGCUGUCUUUGCUGUGUCUGUACCCAUUAGCAAGAGUUUACUGACAUGCUUUUUCUUGAUGAUGGCAAAUCAUUAUUGUAUAUACUAAACAUAAAAUAUAUUUAUAUUUGUGUAAAUGAGAUGAUUUAUUCCUUUUGUUUUUAAAGCAUAGAAGUGGUCUAAAAAUCAUGUUGACGAUGGCAAUGCAUGCGAUGAGUUAAGUGUCCUUACCUCAUGAGCCCUAAGGGUAAACUCUGCCUGUUUCUUCUCCCUUUACUUUCCUGCAGUUUGUUGCCCUCACUCCCACUCACCAGCAUUCAGUACAAAAGAUAUUCUAUUUCAGUGGCUAAGGCCAUGAAGUGCUCUGCAUUAUUUCUUUUAACUCAGUUCUGCUGCUUAAGAAGAGAGAGAAAAGCGAACAUGAUAGACAUAUAGUAUUAUAAUCAUUUGACAUGUGCUCAUCUUUUCAGUUGUCCAUAUCCUGAGUGGAGACAAUCCUUUUAAGUUUACCAAAGUGUUAAUUUACUCUGUGUCACUGUUCUGGUUGCUCUGCACUCAUUAAUUGCACACAUAUUCAAUACGAGAGCUGAUGUACAGUGGCCAUCACUCAAUAAUUGGAUUGUUUCACUGCACAGUUGAACAUUAGCAUACUGAUGACAGUGCACUCCGAUGUGGUGCAGUAUCAGUGGUUUUGGUUUAAUUUUACAAAUCCAGUCCAUCUACGCCCUGUGCAUUAAACAAUUCUGCAUCCUGACAACAAGAAAAUGAGAAUUUCCCUGCUGCCAGAACAUACCCAAAAUAUCAGCAAACUCUUACGGUCCUGCUUUGCCUUGUGACCCUCCUCUUGUCACAGUAAUACAUGUCAAUGAGGGUGAAGAAAAUCACCAGAGGACCGAGCAGAAGUUUGUUCACAAACAUCUGCUGCAGCGCGGUCUUCUGUCGUUAGAGAUUAAUGGCGUGUUAAAUAAACUGCUGCUGCUGGAACAAUGUCAAUGUCAGAGAGAAUUUGCUGUCAAGGAAAAGCUACAUAUGUGCCCAGGUGAAUUACCAAGCCAUUACUGUAUGUGCUUAGCUUGAAUGAGAUAAUUGUCUGCCAGAGAAAUGUGCUGUAACCAGAGGUUUACUAACAAACACUUGAUCAACAGAUCAGCAGUGCUAACGUGGCCGGAUGCUUGUAUGGAAAUAUUACAGGGUUUUUUGCUGUGAAAUGCUCAUUUACUCAUGCAAUGAAAUAACAACAUGAUCCAUCAUCUUUUCUAUAUUUUCUUUUUUUUUUUUUUUUGGUUGAUUUUUGCAUAACUCGCUGUGCGUCUGUCUGUUGUCUCUGGACUUUUCAUCAAUUGAGACAAUCAAUACAGUCAAUGAGUCAAUAAAUACAGUCUGCUACACAUCA